CGGCACGCCGGCUUGGGCACCUGGGACCAGCCUCCCGCGGGGCCCGGACCAAGCCCGGAGCGCUCCGGCUGUGGGCCGGGAGGCGGGAGCGGUGCGUGCAGCGAGCCAGAACCCACCGCUUUCUGGACCUCGGAAAAGUUUUUAAAAAACUGCUUUGGGAACUAAACAGAAAGGUUUCCAUCCGGGAUAGUUUUCUUGUUUUUUUACUCAAAAAGGGAAACGCGUGUGGGGUGAUGGCGGCUCGAAAUUGGCAUUAGCGACGCUGUUUGCUGUAACUCGGGACCUCGCUGGGCUCACCGAGGUGGCUCUUGGCGAGGCAAAGCAAGAGGAUUCUUCCAAAUCUGUCUGACAACAUCUACCCGGUGGAGGACCUCGCCGCCACGUCGGUGACCAUCUUCCCCAAUGCCGAACUGGGAGGACCCUUUGACCAGAUGAACGGAGUGGCCGGAGAUGGCAUGAUCAAUAUUGACAUGACUGGAGAGAAGAGGUCCUUGGAUCUCCCAUAUCCCAGCAGCUUUGCUCCCGUCUCCACACCUAGAAACCAGACCUUCACGUACAUGGGCAAGUUCUCCAUUGACCCCCAGUACCCUGGUGCCGGCUGCUACCCAGAAGGCAUCAUCAAUAUUGUGAGUGCAGGCAUCCUGCAGGGAGUUUCCUCCCCGGCUUCGACCACGGCCUCGUCCAGCGUCACCUCUGCCUCCCCCAACCCACUGGCCACAGGACCCCUGGGUGUGUGCACCAUGUCUCAGACCCAGCCUGACCUGGACCACCUCUACUCUCCACCGCCACCGCCUCCUUAUUCUGGCUGUGCAGGAGACAUCUACCAGGACCCCUCGGCAUUCCUGUCAGCAGCCACCACCUCCACCUCCUCCUCUCUGGCCUACCCACCACCUCCUUCCUACCCCUCCCCUAAGCCAGCCACGGACCCUGGUCUCUUUCCCAUGAUCCCAGACUAUCCUGGAUUCUUCCCAACACAGUGCCAGAGAGACCUACAUGGUACAGCUGGCCCAGACCGCAAACCCUUCCCCUGCCCUCUGGACUCUUUGCGAGUCCCUCCUCCACUCACUCCACUCUCCACCAUCCGCAACUUUACCCUGGGAGGCCCCAGUGUUGCGGCCACAGGGCCAGGGGCCAGUGGAGGCAGUGAGGGACCCCGGCUGGCUGGUAGCAGCUCAGCCGCCGCUGCCGCCGCCUAUAACCCACACCACCUGCCACUGCGGCCCAUUCUGCGGCCUCGCAAGUACCCCAACAGGCCCAGCAAGACCCCAGUGCACGAGAGGCCCUACCCGUGUCCAGCAGAAGGCUGUGACCGACGCUUCUCCCGCUCGGACGAGCUGACCCGGCACAUCCGAAUCCACACGGGACACAAGCCAUUCCAGUGUCGGAUUUGCAUGCGUAACUUCAGCCGCAGUGACCACCUCACUACCCACAUCCGCACCCACACUGGUGAGAAGCCCUUUGCCUGUGACUACUGCGGCCGCAAGUUUGCCCGGAGUGACGAGAGGAAGCGCCACACCAAGAUCCACCUCAGACAGAAGGAGCGCAAAAGCAGCGCCCCCUCCUCAUCCGGGCCUGGGGCCUCCUCGGCCUCAUGCCCCGGAGGCUCGCAGGCUGGGGGGCCCCUGUGCGGCAGCAACAGCAGCACUAUCGGUGGAGGGUCCCUUGCCCCUUGUUCCUCUCGGACCCGGACACCUUGAGAGGAGCCUCAGGCUGACACACCAGCUCCUUGAGGCCCCGGAGGCCCUUCGUCCACUGGUCCACUCGAGCUGCACAACAAACACUACCACCCUUUCCUGCCCCUCUCUCCCUUCCUUGGGCAAAGGGCCUUGGUGGAGCCCAGCACUGUCCCCUUUUCACUUAGAAGCAGGUCCUUCCCAAAACCUUGCCCACUGUAGUCUCUCUUAGGUGAGUUGACGAUCAUCACCCCAACGUAAUGGGUAGGCUCGGAAAGGGGUUGGGAGGGGGCCCCUGGCCUAGAGGGCUGAGGCCUGACCCUGCUUUAAAGGGUUAUUUGACUAGGUUUUUGCUUUCCUCUCUCUCAUAUUUUGUCCCAUUACAGGAUUUUGACUCUGGAUGUCAGAGUUGAUUUGAGACUUUUUCUACAGUAGGUUGGGAGAUGCUGAUCCCUUCAGGUGGGGGCAGCAGAAAGAAGCAAAGCUGAUGUGCACUUUAUGGCUUGGGACUGAUUUGGGGAUGCUGUACAGUGAAUGAAGCAUGGCCUUUAUGCUGCAUUCUGUCGCCCUAGAACAGUGAAUCAAAGCUUGUCUAGUCGUUCUAACCCUUUAAGCAAUAUGUAUUAUAAACUCAAAGAACGGAAGUGCAAUGUGAUGGGAGGGACAUAGCAAUAUCUGCUCCUUUUUGAGUUGUUUGAGAAACGUAAAGACUAUUUUUUCAGUGUAUAUCCACUCAGAUUUUGUGUAUUUUUUGAUGUGCACUGUUCUCCAAGUUCUGAACCUUUGGGAAAAAAAGUAAAGCAUUUAUGAUCUCUUGAAAUGAGUCAGAAGUUAACUUAUUUAAAGGGGGAUGUACAUAUAUUCUCUGAAACUAGGAUGCAUGCAGUUGUGUUGGAAGUGUACUUGGUGCCUUGUGUGAUGUAGACAAUGUUACAGGGUCUGCAUGUAAAUGGGUUGCCUUACUAUGGAAAAAAAAAUCACUCCCUGGGUUUAGUAUGGCUGUAUAUUUCUGCCUAUUAAUAUUUGGAUUUUUUUUUUUAGAAAGUAUAUUUUUGUAUGCUCUGUUUUGUGACUUAAAAGUGUUACCUUUGUAGUCGAAUUGCAGAUAAGAAUGUAAAUAAUAUUACUGGAGCUGACUUGUUUGGUUAUUAGCUCUUAAUAGUUGUGGAAAUACAAAUGAUUUAUUCUAACACAAAACCACUAACUGAAGUUCAGAUAAUGGAUGGUUUAUGACUAUAGUGUAAAUAAAUACUU